GUAGGGAGAAUGCUAUUGGGUGGCAUGAAGGUGGUUGGCAUCUAUGUCUGGACCAAUGAGAGCUCAUUCAAAAAUUCAACCAUCACACUUUGUCAGACUGCAAAAGCAGUUUCUGAAGCGGCCCCUCUGUCGGAAGUGGAUUGGGACGAGAGAUUGCUUGUUCACAUUGGUUACAGUCCCUUGAGGUGGACUUGUCGAAAUUGCUCGCUGGCUUCAAAUAUUACGUCGAGUAGUCUACGACCUUGUGACUUUAAAAUGGGAAAAGUUCUUAGUACCCUUCAGACAUUCAGAUGCACAUUUAACUUUGAUUUAAGGUUGCCCAUUUCCGAGGAUUUAAUUAGCAAAAGAUUGGCUGACAUUCUUCGUCAUGGAAUUUCAAUUCAUGCCAAAGAGCUUAAAAGUGCCAAGGCAUUGAUUGAUGGGAAAUUGGCAAUUGAAGACGAGCAAUUUGAUUCAGGCGGCUUACAUGAUGUUGAAUUCCUCCUACCUUUCACGGAAGAUAAGUAUUUGGAAGCAUGCAGCCAAAAGGAGGUAAUAGGUCUUCUAGUCUUCAGUGGCUCUAUCUGCUCCUAUGCUUACUCAAAUUCGAAGGAACUGGUUUCUCAAGCUUUGACUGACAUAAAGGAAGACAUAAUUAAGAGUCUAAGAAGCAGAUUGGAUAUCAUGUGUGAUGAGGCAGACAGAGAAUCAGAUUCUAAAGAUGACAAAACUGAAGAGAGCAGCAACCAGAUAUUGAAUGGGAGUGCAGUUCUGCAACUUGAUUUACAGUUACUGAGAAAAGAGUGCAGCCUGUCAUUUCCUCGAAGAGUAUUUCUACCCUGGCUGGCUGAUACAUUCCUUUGUGACUAUAUACAACCGUCUGAAUCAGUUGAGGUUCUCAAGGAUCAUUUUGCCGAGCUCAUGUCUAUAGAGUUCCCGAACGAUUCUGCCAAGAUCUUGGAGCCUGAAACUGAAGCUCCUGCAUUGGUAUCUACCACUACAAAAUCAUUUAAGGAGGUGUCAAUUCCAUAUUCCUUGCUACCGAAGCCAGACACUUCUCUCUCAAGGCAGAAUAGAGCUGGUACGAGCUUGGGAAGUGACCAGAAAUCUACGAAACUAUCUAGUUUUAGCUUCAUGAUUGUUGUUUUGGUUCUUGUUAUAUCAAUUGUUCUAGGAGUUGUGCUAUUUGUUGCCAGGUCAUCCUAGCUAAUACUGUGGCUUACAAAAAAUUGUGGUGAGAACAAAUAUCAGUUACUCUCUUCUAAUAGUCCUAUGUACUCUUGCCAUGAAUUAAAACGUUUAUAAAUUUCUUUUC